ACCACUGAGCUCGAACUUUCACCCUGUACCCUGCACGAGUAGGGCAUGCUCUAGGCCACGUUCUCUGGUUCCAAGAUUCACGACUAACAUUUUCGUGCCCUUCAGUCCGGUGGACCUAGCCGAAGAACUGAACCUCACAGGUGGAAGAGUAAGAACAACCGACAGCAGCAGCUGCAAGGAGAGGAGUCUACGCAGUGACCUUCUCCGCUGCAGCACCUACCAUCAGCCCAGAAGGCGCUAUCUUCGCGUGGAGAGCCAACCCCACUCCGAUGGUGGAGCCCUCGUCAGCGCCUCGAGAUCUCGACUCGACUGGCGCGGCGGCGGCGGCGUCUCGCUCGGAUCUAACCUUGCGAAGACGCAACAAGGAUAACAGCAACGCCGGUAGCGUAGUAGAGCCCUCGCCGGCGCCUCGAGGCCUCGACUCGACGGGCGCCGCGUCUCGCCCGGAAGCCUCCGGUAGACGCAAAGACAAGGGUGGCAGCAGCAGCAACAACACCGCCCCUACGCAGCGCCCCAGAACGCAAGCAGCAACGGACGCGACUUCGAGCUCCGCUGCUCCUGUUGCCGCCAGCAACAACAACAAACUUCGGACCCCGCUGGAGCGCUACCUGCUGCUGUCUGUCAUGCUGGUGGCGGCGGGCCUGGGCGUCCGGUUCCUGUGGCGGCAGCUCGCCGGCCUGGUCGGCGCGGCGCUCAUCCUCUCCGCCGCCCGCCGCUGGAGCGGCGCCCCCGCUGUAAGAAAGCCUCCUCCCGAUGCUCCUCCUUCCGCUGCCGCUCUUGGUGCUCCCGUCAGCGGCGGCGACCAGACGGUCGAGGCGACGGCAUCAUCUGCCGCAGACUGUGAAACGGCUGGGGACAGGGGGGGCGCCGCCGCCGCCGCCGGAGGCGAGGAGACGGGAAGAAGGGAAGGGGAUGUUGUCGGGGAUGGAGGAGGGACGUGUUUCGCGGACGCUCCCGCGGAGUUGCGGCGGUUCUGGAAGGAUGGGGGCCCCGGGUGUCAGUUCCUCGUCAGGGGACCGAAGUACAUCUCGGACAGGAAAAAGAUUCCCGCGGGUCCUGCGGCAAUGCGUCUGGUUCACGUAGACUUCUUCUCGGUGGAGGGGGAAGUGUUCCACGUGGCUUCGAAGGGCAGGUGCCGAGAUCGCGUGUCCGCAUUCCUGAAGAGCUACGAGGACAAGGGCGAGGCCGCCCCGUUCCUCUUCAUCCUCAACAUCCUGGUGCCCGGCAACCCCGUCGUGGCCACCGUAAUGUACUUGGCCCUGGAUCAGACUACUCAGCGGAGGGACGGGGUUGGUCUCGGCGAGGAGGGGGUUUCUUCCCCCGUACCCGCGGGCGGCGGCGAUAGCGCUCGCCACGACACGUUUCUUGCGAUGCUUGCGAGGUACGCUGAGGUGCCCGGAUCGGGCUACAAUAAGCUCGAACGCACCCGUUCUCCUUCCUCCCCUUCUCCCCCUCCUUGUAUUUCUAUUUCCUCCUCCUCUUCCUCGCCCCUUGCUCCGACGGCGGCGAGCACCAGCGUUUCCUCCUCCUCUUCUGCCUCCCCGCCCCCGUUGUCCUCCUGCGCACCCCCACCAACCCCGUCGCCUCACCCACGAGAAGAAGAGCGACAGCCGCGGCAGGAGGAAGAUGCUUCUUCUUCUUCUUCUUCUUCUUCGCCCCUUCCCCUUGCUGGGGUGGCCGGGCUUGAGGGGGGAAACGGACCGCCGGCGGCCGAGGGAGCUGCGGGUGCUGGCGCAGAGGCGUUGUCGACAGGGGCGGCGUCGCGCGGAGGGGGUCUGGGCGGGGCGCCCGCGGAUCGCAACAGCGACCCCGCGGGGCUGUUGCCCGUGGAUGACUUCCGGAACCAGCGGUUCAAGCUGAUACCGAGCGUGGUCUCCGGGCCGUUUAUCGUCCGCAAGGCCGUGGGAAACAAACCCGCACUGCUGGGGCGCAAGGUCAGCCAGAGGUACUUCCGGGGGCCCGGCUACGUGGAGACGGACGUUGACGUUGGGAGCUCGAUGAUCGCCGAGAAGAUAGUGUCGCUGUGCAGGGGUUACGCGAAAGCUCUCACGGUGGAGCUCGGGAUUUGCCUGGAAGGAAGGUGCGACGAGGAGCUCCCCGAGACAGUAAUGGGCGUGAUUCGCCUGGUCAACGUCGACAUCGACAUGGCCGAACCGCUUCACCGGAGUCCCUCGUCACCUAGGGGGAGGGGAAGGGGGCGAUAG